CGUGUCGUUCCCUUUUAGCCUGCAACUGAAACUGCAUUUUUCCUUUUCCUCCAUGAGAGUCGCCGUCACUUUCCUUCUCCCAUGAAGAAGAAGAACCAGACCCAUCCAAUCUGGCUUCUAGCGCCGCUCCUCUUCGCUCAAAUCGCCGCCGCCGUCGAUUUCAUCUUCAACGGCUUCGAUUCCUCCGACGUCGCCCUGUACGGCAACGCCACCGUCGACUCCUCCCGCAUUCUCACACUCACCAAUCGGACCAGCUUCUCCGUCGGCCGCGCCCUUUACCCCUCCAAAAUUCCGACCAAAAACCCUAACUCGCCGGCGGUCCUCCCCUUCUUCGUCUCCUUCAUCUUCGCCAUGGCGCCCUACCGCGGCGUCCUCCCCGGCCACGGAAUAGUCUUCCUCUUCACGCCGCACGCCGGAAUCGACGGCACCAGCGCGUCGCAGAAUCUCGGGCUCUUCAACUUCACCAACAAUGGCGAUCCUAACAACCACGUCUUCGGCGUCGAAUUCGACGUCUUCAAGAACGAGGAAUUCCACGAUAUUGACGCCAAUCACGUCGGAAUCGACGUGGAUUCCUUAACCUCGGAAUUCUCUCACGCCGCCGGGUACUGGCCGGACGGCGGCCAUAAGGACGACGUGUUCGACGAAUUGACUCUGAACAACGGAAAGAAUUACCAAGUCUGGAUCGAUUUUGCCGGCGGCGUCGUCAACGUCACCAUGGCGCCUGCCGGAAUUAAGAAGCCCAAUCGCCCUCUCCUCAGCGCCGCCAUUGCCAACAUCACCGGAGUUUUCGAAGACGAAAUGUACGUCGGAUUCACUUCCUCCACAGGAGCUCUGGUCCAAAGCCACAAGAUUUUAGCUUGGAGCUUCAGCAACACGAAUGCAUCUCUUAGCAACGAUUUGAUCACCGUAGGUCUGCCAUCGUUCGAGCUUCCGAAGACUCCAUUGCACAAAACCAGAGGUUUCAUCGCCUCCGUGACGGCGGCAGCCGUCCUAUUAAUCAUACUCUGCUCUGCCCUGACUUUCUCACUCAUCAGUAGAAACCAGAGGCUCAAAAGAGAGAGGGAGGAAAUGGAGGAUUGGGAAUUGGAAUAUUGGCCUCACAGAAUCCCAUACCAAGAAAUCGAAUCCGCGACGCGGAAUUUCUCCGACGACCACGUGAUCGGCGUAGGCGGGAACGGGAGAGUCUACAAAGGGACGUUCCGCGACGGAUCCGAAGUUGCGGUGAAGCGAAUUUCGCACGAAAGUAGCGAAGGGAUAAGAACGUUCUUGGCGGAAAUAUCGAGCUUAGGUCGAUUGAAGCAACGAAAUUUGGUUGGAUUGCGAGGUUGGUGCAAGAAGGAGAAGGGCAGCCUCAUUUUGGUGUAUGACUACAUGGAAAACGGAAGUCUCGACAAGAGGGUGUUCGACUGCGAAAAGGGUCGACUUUUGAGUUAUCGGGACAGGAUACAAAUCUUAAAGCAAGUUGCGUCGGGGCUGCAAUACUUGCAUUACGGAUGGGAGUCGAAGGUGUUGCACCGCGACAUAAAAGCAAGCAACAUAUUGCUCGACAAAGAUAUGAACGCGAGGCUAGGCGAUUUCGGGCUAGCGAGAAUGCACGAUCACGACAAGGCCGCGGGGACAACGCGCGUGGUUGGAACGGUGGGAUACUUGGCGCCGGAGGUUGUAAGAAACGGGAAGGCGUCGAUGCAAACCGACGUGUUUGGGUAUGGAGUAUUGAUCUUAGAAGUGAUAUGCGGGAGACGGCCGAUCGAAGAGGGGAAGCCGCCGUUGGUCGAGUGGGUAUGGGAGCGAUUGCGGAGCGGGGAAUUGAUUGCCGCCGUCGAUAAACGGAUGGAAGACGUCGACGACGAGGAGGUCCUGAGAGUGCUGCAUUUGGGUGUGCUAUGCGCGCACCCGGACGCGAAUUCAAGGCCGACGAUGAGACAAGUUGUGAAGGUGUUCGAAGGGAGGGCGGAAGGGGACGAGACGGAGUCGGAGGAUACCGAUGUUUAUCUGUUGGAGAAGAUGAGGAAUUCGGAGAUGUGGAGGAUGGAGGCUAUGGUGUUUACGAGUGGUUCGUCGUCUUCUUCGCAUCCUACGUUUGAAGAGAUUAGACAGGGAUUGAAUGCAUCGAUGUCGUUGUCUUGGUCUAACACCAUUGUUGAUGGUAGGUGAUCGAUGAAGCAUUCUUGCAACAAGUGUGAUUGUGUUUUCUUUUUUUGGAGGAAAUUGUUACAUCGUGGGCGUGUUUAUAUUGUUUAUUACGUUGUUGUAAUUUCUUGGAUUUAGUAUGUAAUGGCUUUACAGUUGGAAUUUGUACAUAGUAAAACUACAUUCAAAUUAAUUUCAAAAAUAUCGAAGUCGCAUUUUACCAUAA